UUCAAAGAUUUAGUGCAAAAAGAAGAAACAGCAAAAGUCGCUUCAUAAUAUUUUAAAUUUUCGUCUUGUGAUCCAAAAAAUAGAUAAAAAUAGAAGAGUUUUUAACACAAAUUUCGUGUAUCAAUCCAAAAAAUCAUGGAAAAGUCCGGAAAAAAUAUUUUAAUCGCCUGUACCGGUAGUGUUGCCACCAUAAAACUUCCUCUUCUCGUGCAAAAACUCCAAGAAAAAUCAUCUGACAUCGAAAUUAAAGUAAUUUGCACCGACAAAGCCAAACAUUUCAUGGAAACGGUCCCUGACCUUCCGUCAAACGUUCAAAUUUUAUCCGAUGCCGACGAAUGGAGUGCCUGGAACAAACGCGGGGAUCCCGUAGUUCACAUCGACCUUGGAAAAUGGGCUGAUUUGAUGGUAAUUGCACCUCUUGACGCAAAUUCACUCGCAAAAAUCGCCUCUGGAAUUUGUGACAAUUUACUUCUUUGUACCGUGCGAGCGUGGGAUUUUGCAAAACCACUACUUUUCUGCCCUGCGAUGAACACCCGGAUGUGGGAUCAUCCAUUGACGCGGCAGCACAUUGAUAUUUUGAAGAGUUGGGGCUUUGUAGAGGUGCCGUGCGUGGCCAAGACUUUGAUGUGUGGCGAUACCGGAAAUGGCGCCAUGGCGGAAGUGGAGACUAUUGUAACGGAAGUCAUGAAAUUUGUGGAGAAAUAAAAAUUUAUCGGGGAUUUUUUCAAUUUUUUUUUUAUUUUUAAUAAAUUCUUAUCAUCAUUA